GGCGACGCGUUGUGGCCGACAGUGUGGCAGGUUGUGUUUCGUCGUGUUUGCGAACGUUUGUUUUGUACAUGGGCGGUCGUUUUCGGGUCGCGCGCUUUUCCUCAACAUGGCGCAUGCGGGCGUGGUGUCUCAUUGCGACGAAUCCCACGCGUUCUCGCGGUUCACACCGCCCGAAAUACGCUUCGUAGCCGAUUUUGUGUCCGUCGAUAAAGUCUUGCGGGUUUGAACCUUGAGAGGGCCCCCGCAGGCAUUCAGACCGGGUCGCAUGCGCCUACGCGAUUUGAUUCGUCGCCGCUCGUGACGUCGGAUGCGGCGUCGCUACGCUUCGGCGUUUCCGUGGGAACCGGAUUCGGAACGCGGUUGGUAAUGUCGUUAGUGUUGUUGAUUGUGUUUUCUAGUGGUGAUGUCGCAGGAGACGCCGCAACAGGAGGUGCAGAUGGAGGUAGACGCGAGACUCGAUAGUACACCCGCUGAAGGGAAGGAAGCGUCAGACGUGACUCAGCAAUCUCCCGACUCGAAGCAAAAAGUAGUCUCUCCUCAUGUAUCCCCGAUCACCGGCGCGGCCGUAGUUAACGUGACCGUAUUGGAUGAAAGCAGUAGUGACUGUGAUUCGGUCAAGUUGGUUGUACCGUUCCGCUGUGAGACGACGGUCUCCGACAUGGAGUCGUCGGUCGACAGCGCCGAAGUGUCGCGCAUCGAGGAGGAGAAGGCCGUCAAAGUGAGCGAGCGCGACAACCAGCAUGCCGCCGCGCCGUCGCACGGUGUGGAGCCGCUUCAGUCGAAGAUUCUGGACAAUGUGAUGCUGAGUGUCGUCGGCGAUGUGCCGGAGAGUGACCCGAAGACGAAGCUUGGACGUCUGAAACGUCAGUUGGAGAUAAAAAUGGCAGUUCCUAGAGAGACCUUGAUGUUGGAUUGUGCACCGCCGCCUAAACGUUCUCGCCUUACUCCUGAAAAUCAGCCGGGAAAUGGAGAGAAAACCAUCAAGAGCGAGGAGGCAGGAACAACGAGCAAUUUGGAUUCGUGCAGAGAAUCGAAGCUGCAAACGGAGAUUCGCAUUAUAAAAGAGAAAGGAGACGACGAAGCAGCACUCAUCUCUCCGGCGGAUACAGAACUGCCAACGGCCGGUACUGAAACCGAAGCUGAUUCCAAUGGUUUUCCAUGGAAGUCUUAUCUCAACCGGGUUCGUGGACGCAGUGCACCAGCAACAUACUUUAAUCAGUGGGUUGCACCUUUAAGCAAUGAUUUUAUUGAGAAUGUAUUACUGGAAGCCGUUGACCAGGCAAGUGGUCACGAACGAAGAGUCGUGUUGGCGAAGGUGGCCGACGUAAUCGGUAUACGUCUGUUGCUUUCUCUUAUUGGAUGCCCGGAUACUCAUCCCGGUCAGGUGGUCUACGUCGACAGUCCCGAUAUUCAUCCGAUCGGAUGGUGUCGUGCUCAAGGCAAACAGCUGGGAAUUCCAGUUGGAGUCCGCAAAGAGUUGCUUCCUAAUUUUGAGAAAUUUAGAAACGAGCAGACGGAAAAGGCCGAGUGGGCGUCUCCGUCAUUUUUUACAUAUGCAGGACAGAUUAAGUCCAGAUAUCUCGAACUGCCGCGCGUUCUAAUCGGCAAUUCUAGCACCUUCGCGGCGGGCGAACGUUUAGAAGCAAUCAUGGACGACAAGAGUCCGAAACGAGUUCGAGUAGCAAACGUGAAGGAAGUCGUCGGAGACACUCUUAUCAUUCACGCCGACGGCGACCCACAAGAACCUCGAUACUACAAACAAUAUCCCGUAGGUUCACGUCUACUUCAUCCGGUCGGAUUCUGCUACUCCAAGAAUCUGCGUCUGGUGGUGCCUCGCGGGAUGAUCGCUGAGACGUUUAACUGGGCCGAUUAUUUGAGAUCUCUUAAUGCGAAGGCAGCUUCUCCCCUGUUGUUCAAGAAACGUAAUUAUUUUAGAGUUGGCAUGAAGUUAGAGGCAAUCGAUCCCAAACAUCCACUCUUGAUCUGUCUAGCUACCAUCACUGAAGUAAAAGACAAUCAACUGAAGAUUCACUUUGACGAUUGUGGCCCAGACAGGGAUUUUUGGGUCGAUGCCGACAGUCGCACUAUUUUUCCUUGUGGUUGGUGCGAGAAGACAAAACAUCCUUUGGAAACGAGUUCCAAGUUUCUAGGCGAUGUCACCAAGCAGCCAUCGACUUCAAGUAGUAAGUCUGGUACAGCCGCUUCUUCUUCAGACGAGACUCUGAAGUCUGGCAGCCCUGCUAAAGCGAGGAAGGUUGAUGUUCAAGCCUCGGUGGCAAACCCUAAGCAUGAUACAAAGGCUGGCGGUUUUGUGAAGAGGAACGUGCAGAUGGGACGAGAAACAGCGCCUCAAGGAAACACUAACUUUUAUCUACCGACCGCUGUCGGGUCUUUGCACACUCAGUUGGCGCAAGAGAAGACACCGAUAAUGACGUUUGUAACAGGGAGCAACACCGCCCGUAAAUCGACAUCCGGCCGACUGUCAUUGCCUCUCAACCCUCAACUGGCCGCCCGACAAUCACGCUCUAAGACCACUCCAGCAGCGACCGUCGUAACUACAGCCGUCUUGGCGUCUCCGUUUCGUGUUCCAGCCGUGCCACCUCAACGUGGCCCACAACUGGUAGCAGCACCUCACAGGACCAAUAUCGGAGGUCUUUCCGCAACCGGUCUGGAGCAGCCUUACUCUUUUUGCUCUCUCUGUGUUUUAAAAAGGCUCGGGUUCACAAUAUGUUUUGCUUACCUCCAUGACGCGGCACGGCAAACGCUGCCUGAGUGCAUGAACUGUCGUCUAACGAGUUGUCGGUCGUGUUAUGUAUUAGUGUAUACGUAUCCUUCGCAGCCCGGAGCGGCGGAAUAUCUGCGUAUGUAUUUCGACAUCUCGCAUCGGAUUUCCACCGGUUCCGUGAUCGGGCGCAGGAAGCUGAUGUACUUGCCGGCCGUCGUUGUGGCUAGUCAGUACGUGCAGUUGACUACAAGAACUCUUCAAACGAUUAUGGCGUGUUGUGAACGCCCGUUGGCCUUUCUAAAGGCAAUGCCGAAGGGCAACAAUAGUCCACAGGCUGCACGGAUUGUUCUGGAUCAGGUUGGGCAGGAUACGGUCUGGACGACUCUACCACCCUGUGACACGGAAGUGGGAAUGUUUCGUUUGCUUCAUCAGACUCUGGAUACGGUUGGCUGUUCGCGUGACUUUGUUAGCAAGACGAGGAGAAAGGAUGGUGAUCCGGUCGCUUUGUUUCAAGACAAGUUCCGAGUUUCAACAUAUGAUGAAAAUCACGUGGCGUACGUUAACAAUACAGUCGCCCCGAUCGGGCCCGUUUUAUCAGGCAACAAACUAAAGAGGGCUGUUGGACUAUUGAGUGCCAACACAUAUCCAGAGUUGGCCCAGAACAUUGCCCAGUUUCUCGUUGACAAAUGCAAAGAUCCCAAAGUCGUCUUCAGUAUCAUACCGGAGGCCAGGAUAUCAACGGGAAAGGAGCUUUAUAUUUUUCUUCCCGACGGCACCAAAAAGGCGAUUUCACACUCGACGGGGUUCAACGCAGCGUGGACUAUGGCACAUCGUAUUAUGCAAGCUAUACAUUGUUCGCCUGAGUUGUUGACUCCCACCAAAUUGCAGUUGAGCACGGAGACAACUGCGCCUGUGUCAGCUUCAUCAUCUACAACACAGACUCUAUCAAUUUCACGUCCGAUCACACGUCAAACUACAUCUACCGGAGGCUCGACGGUUGGUAGCGGCCCGGUAGCGUACUUUAACGUCGCCGUAGAGACCGGCCCGAAAAUCGUCCGCUCCUUGCUGUUCCAGCUGCCCAAACAUGUUUCAGCGAAGACGUACACAGAUCUAGUGCGCAGUGUCAUUCAGAUGGUGAGUUCCCUUGCCGUCACGCCGCGCGUCGUCUUCGAGUGUAUGGAAGGCGAAGGCGACAAGGGUGAGAACUUCAGUCUCUUGUGGAAGGACGAACGCGGCCGCCUGCAUACGCAGUUCGUCGCCGUGGAGGAUAGCUACGACGGUGCGUGGCGCCUGAUCGGCCGACUUCUCGAACGUCUCGGUUGCAGUUCGUCGUUCAUUACACCUCAGGCUCCAGGCACGGCUGUUGCGGGCGGGUUGGAACCUGCAGAUUCCGGUUCUGAACGUCCGAGUUGGUAUCAUGCCGUCUUCGACAUUUCCAUCAACACGGGUCCCAUGCUCGACGUCAAGAAGGUAGAGAGACUGCCGGAACGAACGUCGGCGGCGACCGUCGACCUUCUACACAAGCGUGUCAUACAAAUGAUUGUUGACUGCGCGAUGAGACCGGAGCAGGUCUUCUGGCUAAUUCCGGGCGGAAGUUGUCAGGCGGAGGUCACGUGUCAGACGUCGGGCGGUGACUUGUUGAGACGGAAGAUUCGUAGCUGCGCCUCCGUGGACGUCCUGCGGCGGUAUGUGGAGUCGUUCCUCAUCAAUAUUCGUUGCAGCCCGAAGUUUGUGAGGAUCGGAAAUCUGGUGGUUAAAAGAGUGGAGAAAACAAAAGGAAUUACCAAAAUAGCAUCUAAGACGGAGGAGCUCCAUAAACAAGUGACAAGCCCAUCUUCUCAAAUCACCUCGGAAAAGCCCACAAAAUCGCCACCAGCUCCAUCACCACCACCACCAUCAUCAUCAUCAUUCCCUACCUCUCCCGCUUCGCCUCUGACAGCAGCCGAAGUGGCCUCAACGAACAAAGCACACGCCAAAGAGCAAGCAAAAGUACCCGAAUCACGCGCGGAAACGACUAACCCCGAACAAUGGUCGGUGAGCGACGUGGUUUCCUACUUUCAGUCAACGCCCGACUGUCGAGAUUUGGCGCCACUGUUCGAGAAGAACGAAAUUGACGGCAGUGCUCUGAUGUUAUUGGAUCGAGACGCUCUUGUGCAGUUCAUGGGGGUGAAAAUGGGACCGACACUGAAAGCCCUUCAGCAUGUCAACAAGUUGAAGGCGAAAUGGAAGAUCUAGAUGCUCGACUCGUGUGCUAGUGUAUGGUCUUCUCACCAGUCGGUUUUCUAAACUUGUCGUGCGAGCUACUCUUUGUAAGGUUGGGAGUGUGAGGGGUGACAUAUUUAAAGAGUGUAGCAUAUAGCAUGCAUGCAUACAUACUUCCGUCAGGUUACGUAAUUGAGGUACUGGCAACGGCGGAUCUUUAUCACAAAGAGGCACGUGGUUUUGAAUGAUUUCUGAUAUUACCAUCAACGUUGCAAACGGCUGUGGUUAAA